AUGUCUGUUUUGCCCGAUGCGCUACUCAAGAGCGCAUCAACAGUAGAGCACGUAGAGAUGCUUAAGACUCGGCUUAAGGAAGCCCAUGACCGCCAGAAGAGCUAUGCAGAUAAGCGUCAUAAGGAGUUGGAGUUUCAGGUAGGAGACUUAGUAUACCUGAAAAUGAGGACAUUCCAAGGAGGAUCUAAGACUAGAAAGCUAAAGAAGCUUAAACCGAGAUAUAUAGGACCAUACCCUAUUGUGGAGCAGAUUGGAGCAGUGGCUUACAGAUUGCGGUUAUCAGCAGAGUUGUCAGAUUUCCACGAUGUGUUCCAUGUAUCAGUUUUAAGGAAAGUUGUGAGAGAACCAGAGCUCAUUUUGCAGCAGCCACCCAGUGAUCUUGAGAAAAUUUUGUAUGCACCUUGUCAGCCAGUUGAGAUUUUAGAUCGGCAAGUGAAAGCUGUUCAGGGGAUGAUGACCAGUUUAGUUAAAGUUCGUUGGGAGAGAGACGGGAUCCAGGAGGAACAUGGGAGGCGAGAAUCAGAUGAGGAUUGA